CUCUCUUCACUUUCCACCGUUCAGUACUUGUGACUCUGAGGACACUGUCGACUACGAUGUCUCCUACCACCGCCGAGAUCCAAAACAAGUUCCUUUCGUCUCCGUACUACGCUGUCAUUGGGGCCUCCAAGGACCAAACCAAGUACGGAACCAAGGUCUUGAAAUGGUACCAAGCCCGGGAGUACAAAGUCACACCUCUUCAUCCUAAAGAGUCGGAACUCGAGGGACUCGCGACGCUCAAGAGCGUCUCGGACCUUCCAAACCCCAAGGAGACUUCAAUCAGCAUCGUUACGCCACCCAAAGUGACCCUUGGUGCCUUGCAACUGGCGAAAGAACUCGAUGUUCCGGCGCUUUGGCUUCAGCCCGGAGCUGAGGAUGAGGCUGUUAUCGAGUACAUCAAGGAGAACUUGGCUGACCGGGUCAUCUAUGGUGGACCCUGCCUCCUUGUCUCUGGCGACGACAUUGCCCAAGGCCUCAAGAAGAGCAACUUGUAGAUAUUGUAAUAGGAACAAUCUAAUCUUAUCUGUAUACCUCUGAACCGUUUA